UGGUUUCUCUGUUUGCUUUGAUUCUAAAUUACAGCACAGAGUUUAAUGCCAGUAAUGAGGCUGUGCCAUUGCACCACUAAAUCCAUGUAAAUCCUGUGUGUUGGAAUGGAUUUGCUCUGAAGCGUGUUUGAAACAAGGAACUUCCUGCUGAAGGAAACCCUCCUCCCUUCUUUUUUUUUUCUUCUUGUCCUGUCGGUCUCCUUUGACCUCUGAUUUAGUUUGCGUCAAGUGGACACUACCAACCUCAGGAAUGGCACUACUCCCACGUCCACAAUGCCAUUUUAGGGCCGUUUGGGGAGUUGAUGACCGAAGCUGACCUAAAUCGAAUUGAGAAACAAAUUGAGAACCUGCAGGUCAUGCACAAGAUGUCAGAAGUUGAGAAGGAACUGGAGGAACUGGAGCGAGAGCUUCACCAGCUACUACCAGUCUCUGCUGCUCUUAAUCAGGAGUAUUUCUCAGUCAAUCCAAAACAAGUGCAUGGACAAGCUGAAGAUCUCCCAGCCUGGUGCAGCAAAAUCUCCAUUCUGCUCAAGAGCAUGGCGAUCCUCCUUGCCACCCUUGGAGGCAAGGAGAUAGACAUUUUAGAUUUUAUUCUUUCCGGAAAUUCUCAAGAAGAAGCAAAAAAUAUUACUGCAGACCAGUGUCAAACAUCUGUUGGCACUGGAAAUAUUGGGCGAUCCCAGUCCUUCUCAACAAGAGAAGACGUGGAAAGAGAGAUAAAGCAGUGUGGAGUUUCUGUGAAGAACCUGAAGGCCAAUUAUGAGCUUCAAACUCAGACACCGUCUACAAAUUACCCAUCUGAUAGGGUUUACAAACGCAAAAUGUCACUGCCAGUGGUUAGUGAGUCAAGUUAUAGUCUAGAGCCAACCAGCAAUAGCAGUGUUCCUUCCUCUGCAAAUACAGUUCCUGACUAUAGAAGCAAUGGGCCUUUGCCACCUGUAGAAGAAUCUGUCUUACCACUUGUUGAAGAACCAGUUGUUACUGUAGCCUAUGUUUCUCCGUUGUAUGUCUCCUCUGAGGCAAUGGCUCCAACAAAUAUUAAAGAGUUCAACCAGGUUCUUUCUUCAGACCCUGUUUUAACUGACGAUCACCUAAAACGAAGCUUGGAGGUGCAGACUGAUCUAAGCUAUGUCCAGGAGUGCAUCGAAAUGAGGAAGGAGAGGAUCGUCCUUUUGUUCCUUGAACACUGGAGGAAGUAUACCAUCUCAGAAUCUUAUCGGACUAAGUACACAGGCAGGAGGGGAAACUACUUGGAUGUGGGCUGUGAGGACUACAGCCAGUUCAAUGCUCAAAUGGGUGAUGAAAUGCACAGUGAAGAAGAUAAGAUGAUUAUGUUUAUGAAGUCAAAGCAAGUGGUUGGCAAUCUGAUUGGCCACUGGAGAUCAAUUAUGAGCCAAGUCCCGUCACGGCAGAUCCGGAGGCUAAGUCGGGCCCAGAUGAUCUACUGGCCGGAGCACUUCUUGCCACACUUCAACGGCUCCCCUGUGAGCUAUGAGAGCUUAACCCUUGACCUCUUCAUGCUUGGAUACUUCCAGUUACUUGAAAUGAACAUGUCUCGCAGGGAGCGGAAGUUCCGCCACCUCUUGUGCUACGAGAUGUUUGACCGCCUUGGCAGCCACAAGUGGGAAGUUAUAAGACAGUUUCACAAGGAAGUGAUGGUGGAAAUCGAGAGUGGGAAACGAGACUGGGUGGAUGGCUUUGAGGACAUAAAACUCAAGCAUUUCGGAGACGUGGCUGAUGGGGGAGGUGUGAUGACGGCAUCUCUAAAUUCCGUAUCUCCUGAAAUCUCUGCACUGCAUGAAUCCCUCCCACCUCCACCUUUGCAUCCUCCCCCACCUCCACCUACCUGUCCUCCACCCCCAACUCCAAAUCCACAGUCUACAACAUCUGCAGUGACAACACAACCAUCUCCGCCAGCCUCCCAAUUAGAUGUUCCUCCAUCAGUAUCACCUACUGCUGCCGAGAACGGUGUGUCUGACAACAGAACUUCAUUGGAGGCCAAUGCUCCAGAGACUGUGACAACCAAUGAGCAGAUGCCUUCAAAUGAGUCUGGGAUUGUAUUGGAGAGGGACCCAAAAUCUCAUGCAAAAAAAGUGGAGGUAAAACAGAACUCCGUGGACACUGCGGGAUCAGAACCAAAGAAAGACCUUCUACCUGUGAAAGUUAGAUUCACAGAAGAACCACGCGUUGAUCAAGUUUCACCCAGAGAUGAAACUUCUGAGGAUGCGAUUAAAGUUAUUUAUGAGCUCAAAGAGUUCAGCAAUGAGGAAAUUAUCAGAUACAUCGACCGAAGCUUUGCCUUUUGGAAGGAGAAGGAAGCGGAGCUUUUUGACAUCUAACUGCAGUGUCCACCACCAGAGAUGGUGCUGGAUCUGAGAGGCUAAUCUGCACAGUUCAACCUACCGAAAAGGGAAACUAAUCGGGAGCGUUAGCAUUUAGGCCAUGUCACCUAGGGGAUUAAACUACAGCAAAUAGCCUUCAUUUGGUUGUGUUGACAUUCCCAUUUGUAUAUGCUUGGAUGUAGAGACAGAGCUGACAAUUUAUUCUGAACUGAGUUCAAGUGAGAACAUUUAAAUAAAGAGCUUUAAAUGAAGCCAUGAUCUCAAGAUAAUCUUUAAAUAAGAGAUUUGCCAUUUACAAAUGUGAUUUGUUUAUUCUGUGUUGUGAAUAGUUUGUCCUAUUGUAGUACUUCCAUCAGUCGCAAGACACAAAUGCUUGAGCCACCAAUGGCCCCUCUUGUUAUUCUAUCUAAUGAUAAUAAUAAUAUGAAACUUCAUUCCUGAUAGUAACGCCAAGACCCCAGCUGAUUGGCUGACUG